AUGUCUGGAGCCUCCGAAGGCAUCGCAUACCGCUACUAUGCUCACCCUGCCACUGGUCAGUCUUGCGUGAAAAGCGACUGGAAUGAAGCUAUUCGAGCAUCGAUUGAACACUCUUUCAAAAAGCUGGAUCUGGACUAUCUGCCAGAUAGCACAUGUAUGCCUGUCGAUCAUGACGGCGAAUGGAGUCGUGGUGCAUGGAGAGGUUACUUGCUGUAUGGUCCUGAAGGCAAGGUCAAGUUGAACGAGUACUGCGGACCCACUCUUGCUUAUAAGACCAAGCAAUCGUGCAAGGAGUCACGCGCAUCUGAACGCGAGCUCUGA